AUGUGGGAUGAUGAAGUCUUCCAUGCUUUCCAACAAGACUUUGAAGGAUGGACGCUAGACAUGUUCCUUAUGGUUGAAAUUUCAUACCGGCGGGAGCUCCGCCGGGUUCUCCGCCGAAAGGGAGUAUAUACUGGGACGAACCACCAGCGAAUCGAACGAUCCUUGAUUAAGCUACUCGAAGCCGACAGUUUCCCUACUUGGGACCCUGAGGAAUUCACAAAACAGAUAUUUGACGUACGAUCAAAUGCUUCCUGGCAACAACAAGCCCUCGCAACGCCUUCUUCCCGAGAGAAUAUCCAAAAUCCGACCCAAGACCAGUCACCAAGGGACCAGCCUACAACCCAAGCCCAGGCUUUGCAACAGCAGCAACAGGUUGUUUCCCAAGGACCCCAGAGGCCUCCCGAGCAAGCCCAACAGAUGACCCCAAGGAACCUUAUUCCAAGCCCCAUUUUCCCAGGAAAGCUUUCCCCAAGACAUCCCCACUCAACAGACCCAGACGAACCGUACAAGGCCCUGCCCCCUCGUUCCGUUCCGAACGAACGGCUUGACCCCGCCGUUUCUGCCCAGUUUCUAAAGACCUUUGACAAAGACCAAAAGUACACAGGCGAGCCCUACGACCUCCUUGACGAUAAGAUGAAGAUCUUUUCAACAUCUGCUUCCAUGCACAGAUCCGGGAGACCCAAUUCUAUGCGGUAUUUCCUAGAUUCUUAA